AUCUACACGCUCCGAAAAAAUCCUGAAUGCUCCUCUCGCUGAUCAGUCUAUCGCAGCACAGUUCCUCCAUUGAUGUCCUCCCGAACCUCCACCAAACCCUAGUUAUCUUCUCAUGGAGCUCUCUUCUCCCUUCACCAAUCCACCCACCACCAAGCCUUUCUCUUUCUCGUCCUCCGUCUCUCCGUUCCCGAUCCAAAUCCGCCUCAAGAAUCCCAGGAAGAAGCUCCCCGCUUCGCAGAGCCGCUCCAUUUCCGCAGUCGCCGUCGGCCCGAGACAAGAACCCCCCAGGAACAGCCCCCAAAGGCUCCUCAAGGAGCUCGCGGAGCGCAAGCGAGCCACUUCGCCGAAGAAGAAGGUGCCUCCGAAGAGGUUCAUCCUGAAACCCCCUCUAGACGACAAGAAGCUAGCCGACAGGUUCUUGAACAGCCCUCAGUUAUCCCUCAAAUCGUUUCCCCUGUUGAGCUCCUGCUUGCCCUCUUCCAAGUUGAACAAUGCCGACAAGACUUGGAUCGACGAGUACUUGCUGGAGGCGAAGCAGGCUCUCGGGUACCCUCUGGAGCCGUCGGACAGUUUCGGGGACGACAACCCGGCGAAGCAGUUUGAUUCACUGUUGUACUUGGCCUUCCAGCACCCGUCGUGCGAGCGGACGAAUGCCCGGCACGUGAGGUCGGGGCAUUCGAGGUUGUUGUUCUUGGGGCAAUAUGUGCUGGAAUUGGCGCUCGCGGAGUACUUUUUGCAGCGGUAUCCAAGGGAGUCCCCGGCGCCGAUGAGGGAGAGGGUGUUUGGAUUGAUUGGGAAGAGGAACUUGCCGAAAUGGAUUAAAGCUGCUAGCUUGCAGAAUUUGGUAUUCCCAUAUGAUGAUAUGGAUAAGCUGACUAGGAAGGACAAGGAACCGCCUGUUAAGUCGGUUUUUUGGGCUCUUUUUGGGGCAAUAUACCUGUGCUUUGGGAUGCCAGAAGUAUAUCGCGUUCUUUUUGAAGUAUUCGGAAUGGAUCCUGAUUCUGAGGAUUGCCAGCCAAAACUAAGGAGGCAACUUGAGGAUGUUGAUUAUGUAUCUGUUGAAUUUGAGACCAAAAUGCUCAGCUGGCAAGAUGUUGCUGUCUACAAGCCUCCAGAAGAUGCACUCUUCGCACAUCCGAGGCUUUUUAGGGCUUGCGUGCCGCCGGGAAUGCAUCGAUUCCGUGGAAACAUAUGGGACUAUGACAGCAGACCGAAAGUUAUGCAAGCUCUGGGGUAUCCCUUAAACAUGACAGAUAGGAUACCUGACAUUACCGAAGCCAGAAAUAUUGAACUUGGACUUGGGCUACAGCUAUGUUUCUUACACCCAUCAAAAUACAAGUUUGAUCAUCCUCGAUUCUGUUACGAGAGGUUGGAGUAUGUCGGCCAAAAGAUCCAGGAUCUGGUGAUGGCGGAGAGGUUGCUGAUGAAGCACCUAGAUGCGCCCGGGAAAUGGCUGCAAGAGAGGCACCGGCGUCUCCUCAUGAACAAGUUCUGCGGGAGGUACUUGAGGGACAAGCAUCUCCAUCACUCAAUCAUCUACUCCGAACAAGUUCAGGACUCGUACGAGCACAACCGACGGUUACGGAACCCGGCCACGACGGCCGUGCAACAAGCGAUUCACGGGCUCUCGUACACGGUGUACGGGAAGUCGGACGUAAGGCGACUCAUGUUUGGUGUUUUCGACUUUGAGCAAAUCCAGCCUAAAGCUGUCGUUUAAAACGAUUUGACGAAAUUGCAAGCUUCCAAAAUAGUGAAUAGAGUCAUUUUGUGCCUUA